UUUAUAUUAACAACUGUCCAUAGAAAACAGAAAAAGUUUCACUUGUGAUUUUGUGUCAGGAAAAAGUGGUUGGAGUGGAAAUGUCUUCAAGGAGACCCUCCUAUUAAGGGAUAAAGACCCAUUGGUGUUGGCACCAGUCCAUCUCAGCUGAUCAAUUUGCUUUCUCAGAAAUUAAGCCACACCCCUCAGGAGCUAUUCUGUACAGUUGCUAGGUUCAUUCAUUUCAUGAACUCUCACCCAGCCCUGUUGGAGAGAUUCUCAGAUCUUUGAUGGUGGCAAUUGGAGAUAUGGAAAGCAGGUGCCUGUUUCAUGCCACAGCUCUUGGUGUUCUGCUGGUCUGGUCAGCAUUAGAAUUGCAGAAUACUUCAGCUUCCUGCCCACAAUGCAGUGAAAAUGCUACCUGCUUCAAUAGAACUCACUGUGUUUGUAAAGAAGGAUUCUGGCCAGGCUCUGGGAAUAAAAUAAUUAUUGAGCCACAUGUAAAAUGUGAAGAUAUUGAUGAAUGUUUAUUGGAGCCACUGGUGUGUAAGGAUGUAUCAUACUGUAAAAAUAAGAUCGGGACUUACAUAUGCAGCUGUAUAGUAAGAUAUCCUUGGUUCAACUGGAUAGCUGGAAUUAUUGAUAUUGAUCAUCCUGAUUGUUAUGGAAACAACCUAGGAACCUACCACAGAGGGCCUCUGAAAGCCUCUGCCCUUCAGACUAUCAAAGCAGAUGCUGAGCCUGAUGGGCAACUGUUGGGCAGAGUGAACGGAAUUUUAGUGAACAAUGGGAGAAAAACAGAAUCAACAAUGUGCAGUUUGGGAGAACUGAGUGAAUGUGAAACCAAAGAGGAUGCUGCAAAAGAGGCUACCAAGUUUCUUCACCAAGUGGAACUCCACAUACUGAAUGAAAACUCAGCUACACCAACAAAGGGUGAAAACUCUGUAUUUGUGUAUGAAACUAAGAAGUGCAACAGAAUGACUCUUCUGGAAGCUGGCAAUAACACAAUGAAGAUUGACUGCACUCUUGCUUUCAAAGAAAACAAGACUAGAGAUGAUACUGCUGUUGCUCUUAUUACAUAUAAGUCUCUUGGAAAUAUUCUAAAUGGAUCCUUUUUUAAUAACAAAGAAGGAAUUCAGGAAGUAAAACUGAACUCUCUUAUUGUUAGUGGUGCCAUUUGUUCAGAAAUCAAACCUGUCCUGUCUGAACCUGUACUCCUGACUUUACAAAAUAUUCAGCCCAUUGACUCAAGAGCAGAACAUCUCUGUGUCCACUGGGAAGGAUCAGAGGAAGGGGGAAGCUGGUCUACUAAGGGAUGCUCUCAUGUGCACACCAAUGACUCCUAUACCACUUGCAAGUGUUUUCACCUGUCCAGCUUUGCUGUGCUUAUGGCUCUAUCUCUUAAGGAGGACUCUGUGCUGUCAGCCCUCUCUGUGAUCACCUAUGUGGGACUGAGUUUUUCUCUCUUCUGCCUGUUCCUGGCUGCCAUCACCUUUCUCCUGUGCCGACCCAUCCAGAAUAUCAGCACCACCCUCCACCUGCAGCUCUCCAUCUGCCUUUUUCUGGCCUACCUCCUUUUUCUCACAGGCAUCAAUAGAACUGAGCCUGAGGUGCUGUGCUCCAUCAUUGCAGCAAUGUUGCACUACCUCUACUUGGCUUCCUUCAUGUGGAUGUUUCUGGAAGGGCUACACCUCUUUCUCACUGUGAGCAAUCUCAAAGUGGCCAACUACAGCAGCUCAGGAAGAUUCAAGAAGAAGUUUAUGUAUCCUGUAGGCUACGGGAUCCCUGUCUUUAUUGUUGCUGUGUCUGCAAUAGCAGGGCACAGGAAUUAUGGAACACACACCCACUGCUGGCUCAGCCUUCAUAAUGGAUUCAUCUGGAGCUUCUUGGGGCCAGUGGCAGCCAUUAUCUUGAUAAACCUGGUGUUCUACUGUCAAAUCAUAUGGAUUUUGAGAAGAAAACUUUCUUCCCUCAAUAAAGAAGUUUCUACUCUUCAGGACACAAAGAUUAUGACAUUUAAAGCCAUUGCUCAACUAUUUGUAUUGGGAUGUUCUUGGGGCAUUGGCUUAUUUAUGGCCAUUGAAGUUGGGAAGACAUUGAGAUUGAUCAUUGCCUAUCUGUUCACCAUCAUUAAUGUCCUGCAGGGGGUUUUGAUAUUUGUGGUACACUGUCUGCUUAAUCGCCAGGUACGAAUGGAAUAUAAAAAGUGGUUUCAUAAGAUACAGAAAGGGGUUGAAAUUGAAAGCACUGAGAUGUCUCAAUCUACUACCCACACCAAAAUGGAGGAAGCAUGAAAGUCAGCAGAACUGACUCAGUGAAAGCACUCACAACCUGAGUUCCUGCUUCUUAGCCAAAGACCAUCCUCAACACCAUGUGGUCACAUAUGGACUAGGUUUAUGUCACCAUUUUUAUAUGUGAAUUGAUAACAUGAUACUCUUUUGACUUUUUGAAAAUGGCUUUGCUACAAUUAUUAAUGUAUAGUAACUGCACAUGUGAAUGUAUUUCACUGGAAAAUUUCCAUAAAUACAUACAUACAGCUUCGAUCAUGUCCGCCCUCCCUGAUUUAUACUAUAUUUCUAUUGCUAUUUCUCACUUAAUUACCAUAACAUGUUUUAUUUGGGUUUCAUCUAUAUUUCUGCAAGCAACAGGUUUUCAUUUUUCUUCAAAGUAGAAAAAUAUUUCAUGAGUUAUAUAAACUGUGUUUUCUUUGUCCAAUGAAAGACAAUGAGGUUGACUCCACAACUUGGCUGUAGUGAAUAGCACCUCAGUAGAUAUGACUGGGCUGGUAUAGGACACACCUCUCUGAGAGAAACAGCUGUCAUCUUCAUAAGGUCAACUAUGACUACAAGCUUGUUGAUUCUCACAGAAAAGAAAUGAGGAGUGUCAUUGGAUCCUCACCUGAGAUUCCGGCAAUAAUUCCAAAGAAUUUAUAUGAAAUUCUUCCCUAAUAUUCUGGUCUCCAGAGAUGCUAGAGGAUAUAGUCUUCGUGAAGGUUUAUUGAGAGAGACUUAUUGAUGAAACUAUAGGGAUGUGACCAUCCAUGUUAAGUGAAGUAUCUCCAGUCCCACUGAUAUGAGGUCAGCCACAUGCUUGUAAAAAAACCUUCAUCUAAUAAACCCAUUGUAUUCCA